AUGACUACAGAACCUAAAAUUCUGCCCAAGAAGGGCGAGCGUAAUAUCCUCAUUACAAGUGCCCUGCCCUAUGUGAACAACGUGCCUCACUUGGGAAAUAUUGUGGGUUCUGUUCUCAGUGCGGAUGUUUUCUCAAGGUACCACAAGGCUUGUGGGCACCAGACAUUGUAUAUCUGUGGAACCGAUGAGUAUGGAACUGCUACGGAGACAAAGGCGUUGGAGGAGAAGGUGACCCCAGAGGAGCUGUGCGCCAAAUACAACAAGAUCCAUCAGGAAGUGUAUGAGUGGUUCGGGAUUGGAUUCGAUCACUUUGGACGCACCCCGACAGAGAAGCACACCGAGAUCUCUCAGACCAUCUUUAAGCGGCUGUAUGAGAAUGGGUACCUUGCGGAAAAGACCGCUGAGCAGCCGUUCUGCGAAACCCACGGGUCCUUCUUGGCCGAUCGUUACGUUGAGGGCGAGUGUCCCCGAUGCCACUACGAUGAUGCUCGUGGAGACCAGUGCGAUAAGUGUGGGCACCUCCUCGAUCCCUUUGAUCUGAUCAACCCCCGAUGCAAGCUCGAUGGCGCUACCCCUGUAAAACGGGCAACGAAACACAUCCACCUCCUGCUCGAUAAGCUCCAGCCCGAAAUCGAGAAAUGGGUUCUCCCAGCGAUGGAGAAGGGCGACUGGCCCAAGAACUCCCGGGUCAUCACUGAGUCCUGGCUGAAGGAAGGAUUGAAGGACCGUGGCAUCACCAGAGAUCUGAAAUGGGGUGUCCCCGUUCCCCUGGAGGGCUUUGAGAACAAGGUGCUGUACGUGUGGUUCGAAGCGUGCAUUGGUUAUCCCUCGAUUACUGCCAACUACACCCCCGACUGGGAGCUUUGGUGGCGCAACCCUGAAGAGGUCCAGCUCUAUCAGUUCCUGGGCAAGGACAACGUGCCUUUCCACAGCGUCAUCUUCCCUGGCUGCCAGAUUGGCACCAAGGAGAAGUGGACCCAGCUCCACCACCUCAACACUGCAGAAUACCUGAACUAUGAAGGUGGUAAAUUCAGCAAGUCCCGCGGAAUUGGUGUCUUUGGCAACAACGCCAAGGAUACCGGCGUCCCCCCCGACGUCUGGCGAUACUACCUCCUGAAGAACCGCCCAGAGACCGGCGACACCCAGUUCGAAUGGCGCUCCUUCGUCGAGAGCAACAACAGCGAACUGCUCGCAAAGCUAGGCAACCUGGUCAACCGGGUCAUCAAGCUCGUUGCAGCCUCCUAUGACUCUACAAUCCCCGACUUCACCGUCCCCGAAAGCUUCCAGCCCAACCUGGAUGAGAUCACCGGUCUCCUCCGCCAAUACAUCGAAGAGAUGGAAAGCGUCCACCUGCGCGCGGGUAUCAGCACCGCCAUGAAACUCGCCGAAGCCGGCAACGGCCUGAUCCAGGCUAACCGGCUCGACAACUCCCUGAUCGCCAACGACCCCGAGCGCGCUGCCGCCGUUGUGGGCACGGUGCUCAAUCUCAUCUAUCUCCUGGCCAGCGUCUUCGCGCCUUACCUCCCCGCCACCUCCAAGUCGAUCAACGAGCAGCUGAACGCUCCCUUUGCUUAUAUCCCGGCCCUCGAGGACCUCAAGGACGGCUGGACGCCCACGGCCCUCAAACCAGGCCACAAGAUCGGCAAAGCGGCCUACCUUUUCUCCCGCAUCGAUCCGAAGAAGGCAGACUUGUGGCGCGACAUGUUCGGCGGCUCCCAGGCCGAUCGACAAAAGAAGGAAGAAGAAGCCGCCAAGGCUGCAGCAAAGAAGGCAGCCAAGGAUGCAGCCAAGGCCAAGAAGAAGGAGAAGAGAGCCAAGGCUGCUGCUGCUGCUGAGGGAGGAGCAGCUUCGGAUGAAGUCAUUGAUCAGGUCGCGGAUGGAGUUGCGCAGGUUACAAUUCCUUCCUCGUAA